GGGUUUCGAAGCUUUGAUCUCAACUUGACUUUCUUCCAUUCAAUUCAAUUCAACCCAGGUAAACACACUUUCUUCAUUCAUUCUCCUCAAUUCUCAACCCUAAUUUUUCUCAAUUCAACUAGGGUUUUGAUUUCUCCUUCUCACGUCCCCAAUUCACCUUUUUUUCGGAAUUUGGGUGAUUCCGUUUGAUGUUCUUGGGUACAAGGGAAAGAGUGCUUCUCUUGACGUUUUUCUUAGCAUUGUGAAGAUUAACAGCUUAAUGUUGAGUUCUGGGAGUAACUUAAACAGCAGCAGCGCAAGUGGGAUAACUUCAUCGGAUAUGCCACCUUUGCCCCAGUGUUUGCCGCUAGAUUCAAUAACAGUAGGAAACCAAAAAUUUACGGGGGAGCUAAAGAGGGUACUAUGUGUUUCUGCUGGAAACACUUCAGAAGACCAUUCUUUUGGAGUUCCUCAUCCUAAAUCAAUGGGCCCAGGGUCCUCAGGAGAGUUAAAACACUUAAAAGAAAGUGUUCAAGAUGCAUCCAGAAAGGCUAGGGAUAGAUCAAAAAUGUUUCGUGAAUCUAUAUCUAAACUGGAUAGGUAUAGAGAGGCCUUAAACUCAAAGAAGAGGCAAAGGAGCGAUUUAUCAAGUGAAAAGGGAAGUGGAGUAAACUUAACAAAGAUGGGUAGCCAGAUUCACAAAAUCCCGAAUGAUAAUAUGACUCAGAGAGAAGUCAAAACCUCAAAUUCAAUGCUGAAUAAGCGAAUUCGUAUGUCAGUGGGAGACACACGGGAGGAAAGUAGGUCUGCUGCUAUUGGAAGACAACCAAUGCUCACUGAGAAGGAUGGAAAUCUGAUUCAGACACUUGGGGGGGACUCUGUUCGAAAUGAAGAGAAAACUCGCAGAUUACUUGCCGGAGGCGAGGGAUUAGAUCAAAAAAUAAAAAAGAAGAGGUCCGUCGGAACAGUAGGAAACAGAGUUAUAUCUGGUGAAAGGGACGCAAAACGAGUUACUUUUCCAAAGGGAAAUGCUGAUUUGAAGAUGCGAUUUAAUGAUGCUCAGGGUUUCGGAUUGAAACCACUUCCUGGAUCUAGUGGAAUCAACAAGUCUGAGAGCUCUUCAGAGCCUAAUAAUACAGGUGUGCGUGUGAUGCUUACAGGUGAGCAAGGUGUUUCUCUUCACAGGGACCACACAGCUGACCAGAGAGUUGUAGCAAAAGGAAACAACAGAGCAAACACUCAGGAGGACCCAACAGGCAGCCCGAAUGCACCAAUUAAAAACAAGGUAUCUCGGACACCAAGAACGGGUUCAGUUAGUGCGCUAGAGUUGCCUAACAGUCAGUCUCCUUCUGGAAGUUUUCCAGGUUCUUCUAUACAUCCAAUGACCCAGUGGGGUGGACAGAGACCACCUAAAAAUUCACGCUCACGAAGAGUGAAAGUAGUUCCUCCCGCCUCACGCAACCUUGAAGUUCAGGUCUCAUCUGAAGGCUGUCUGACUUCUGAUUUCAAUGUUAAAGUUUCUUCUGUUGGCAACAAUGGGUUCCAACUGGCUAGCAGUGCAGAUAACAGUACACCGAAAUAUAAACGACAGCCUGAUGAUAUUUCGUCUCCCUUUGGAUUAUCUGAAAGUGAAGAAUCUGUUGCUGGGGAAAACAAAAUAAAAGAGAAAGGUGUGAAUGGAAGUGACACUGCUAUGGUUGCAGAUAAGGAUGGAACUCCUAUGUUACAAAUGAGGAAGAAUAAAAUACCAACAGAUGAAUUAGGAGAUGGUGUGCAGAGACACGGAAGAACUGGAAGGAAUUUAUUGUCAAUAAGACCAGGCCUUCCAUUGGGGAGGGAGAAGUCUGAGAAUGUACCUAUACUGAAGCCGCCAGUACAAGACAUGAGGCCUAAUGAUAAGAAUAAAACCAAAAAUGGGCGCCCUCCUUCAAAAAAGCAGAAAGAACGCAAGGUUUUGACUCGUGUAGGGAAGCAACUGAACAUUGGUUCUUCUGAUUUUGGAGGUGAAUCUGAUGAUGAUCGCGAAGAAUUAUGUAAAGCUGCUAAUGCUGCUCUUAAUGCUAGCAAUCUUGCUUCGGGUCCAUUUUGGAGUAAAAUGGAGCAUAUUUUUGCUUCCAUCAGCUUGGAUGAUGCAUCUUUCGUGAAGCAACAGCUCAAUAUUGCUGACAAUUUGGAAAAGAGUUUAUCUCAUAUGUUUGCCAUUGAUCAUGAUAUGUUGGGUGUUGUUGUAAAUAACAAAACAACUCAAGGUUCAGAGGAUAGAAGGAGAAGCCACUUUGAUGAAGAAUCAGCCAAGUUUGAGGCUGUAGGUGGGAGGAGUGACAUAGAAAGACUGGACAAGGGUACCCCAUUAUUCCAAAGACUUCUCUGUGCUCUAAUUGAUGAAGACGACAAUGAAGAAUCAUACCACCAAAGCGAAGCAAAGAAUAUAUCUAGACAGUGUGCUAGUGAUGAUUCUCACUGUGGUUCUUGUAAUCAAGUUGAUUUUGAACCCAAAGACCGGGAUAGAAUGGAAUCUGAAGUUGAAUCGCAGGUGGAUUUUCAAAUUCAGAAGAAUUGUAAAUUGGACAGACUAUCUUGUGAUAAGAGUACCACAUCCAACACAUUUAGGUACCCCAACACACCCAGUUCUUCACAAAGCACAGGAGUUUGGCAGGGAGAUGAAGAAUUUUGCCUUUCUGACAUCACUCACACCAGUGAAAUAUGUUCAAAUGAUCUUGAUCAACUGCACCCUGAAUUAAGUAAUCCUAGCUUUGCUUCUCCUGAUGGUGAGUAUCAGCUGAUGUCUUUGGAUGACAGGCUGCUGCUUGAGUUGCAGAGCAUUGGUAUAUAUCCAGAAAUAUUGCCUGAUUUAGCUGAGGAAGAUGAAGCUAUAAUUCAUGACAUUGUGAAACUUGAGAAAACUCUAUAUGAACAGAAUGGAAGGAAGAAGAGCAACUUGGACAUAAUUGAUAGAGCUAUUCUAGAAGGGAGGGACAUUGAAAAACGGAAGAUUGAGCAAACUGCAUUCGACCAACUUACUGAAAUGGCUUACAGAAAGAGAUUGGCAUGCCGUGGAAGUAGAAAUUCAAAAAGUGUCGUUCAGAAGGUUUCAAAUCAAGUUGCUCUGGCUUUUCUUAAACGUACCCUUGGAAGAUGUAGAAGAUAUGAAGAAGUUGGUGUUAGCUGCUUUAGUGAACCUACUCUGCAAAAUAUUAUGUUUUCCCCUCAUUCACGUGAGAAUGGUGGACAGCUUGCAGAUUGCAUUUACUCUGGCACAGCCAGUAAUACAUGCAAUAAAGCUUUGCAUCAAAUUGAAACCAGAAAAUUAGGUGCAGUUUCGAGUGCUUCUGAGAAAUAUGAUGGUCAGAGGGAUUAUGCAGACAGGGGACUGGUUGAUUCUUUUCAAGGUUCGAUCCACUCAUCAGAACAAAUGUCAUCUAAGAAUGGGUCUGUGAUGAUGAAGGAGAAGAAGAGGGAAAUGCUGGUCAAUGGCUCUUCAAGAACAUCAAAUCUUGAUGGCGCUGUUCCCGGUGGAGUGAGGGGAAAGAGAAGUGAGAGGGAAAGAAAUCAGAUGCGGGAUCAGGCCAGACAAAAUUCUAAUUCCAUAGCUGGUUGCCCGUCAUUCGACAGUAGACAAAAUGAAAACAAGCCAAAAGCUAAGGCCAAGCAAAAGAGUACUUCCGGUGGACAAGAUAGGUUCAUGGAAGCAAAGGAAUCUGCAUGUUUACCAAUUUAUGAUUCUAGUCUAUCUGUGGCUAAUGCAAGCAACAAUGGUAGAAAAGAUAGGACAACAUUAUCUGUUAACCAGGACAAUUCUCAAGUAAAGGAAUCCUCGGACUUCGGGAAUUUGCCGCUGCCUGAUUUAAGUGCAAUAGACGAAUUUGGUGUAUCUGGUGAACUUGGCGGGCCGCAAGAUCUUGGUUCUUGGUUGAACUUUGAUGAUGAUGGUUUGCAAGACACUGAUUGUAUUAUGGGCCUUGAAAUUCCAAUGGAUGACCUAUCAGCGUUGGAUAUGCUUAUGUGAAGGAAAGUAACUUGUAAAAAUUGUAUCUAUGAAACAGCUCGUGUCUGAAGGAGAAUUUGCAUGUAUUUGACGAACCUGGUGGGCAUCAAGAUGGUAAUGUAACCUGGGUUUUUUGGAGUGGAGAAUUUUGUGGUUAGGAUCGGAAUUUUGAUCCAAUGGUUAGGUAAACCAACUUGAUCUUUUCAUAGAAAGUUGCAUACAGGAAAUAGCUCAAAAGAUCUUUUCAUGACAUUGCUUUCAGAUCCCUUUCUUAUCAUCUCCAUGAUACUAGAUAUUCAGCAUUUUUUUAAUCUUAUUGGUUUUGCUGUGCUAAAGUCCUGCAAUUGGAAUGUAAUUUUUUGAGAAAUGUUACUUCAUAAUCUUUAGAAUGAAGUUUAUGCCAUUCAUUUAGUUACAAAGGGUGCCUAAGGGUGGCUUCUUUUUCCAUGUUGGGAUUUCAGUUUACCAUGCAAUGUAAAAUAUAAUUUGAUUUGCAUCCUAAGUGAGAAAAUCAAAAUUAUACUCCAUCUCUCAUCCAUGAUUAAUUAUGUAUGUAGAUGUGAUAUCUUGAUUAUUAAUUGAUAUUUAAUAUCAUUCACUUCACAUUUGAA